AUGACUGUCCCUCUCACCAAGGUUGAUUCGGCCAUCGCCGGUCUCUCCAUACACGAUGAGAAACCCCCUGCCCCUACCGAGAAAGAGGUCAAGGGCUCCAAGAAGGAGAAGACGCAUCGUCGCGCCUCAUCCACGGCGGACGGAGUAUGGAACGUCAAGGACCUAGAGGAACAAAAAAUCGAAAUCACCCUUCCCAUUGAGACACAAAGAACCGGAUGGAAACUCAACACUUCACCAUCAACGGUUGAUGACAGGGACAUCCUCAAGAUGCACCUCGUCAACCCUCCCGUCAAGAGGAUCGACCUGCACUUCCCACUGGGUCUGGAAGUCACCGCCCGGAAUUCAAAGGGUGUCACGAUCAAGGACGCACUAGAUGCCAUCCACAAGCAAUUCAAGAAGAAGGCGGACGACGAACUGGACAAGCCCUACCUCGCUGGCUUCGAGUGGGACAAGGAGGAGUGCUGGACACGCCUCAUCGUCCACCAAACCAGCACAAGCACAAUCCCAAAAGAGCCCAGCAGCAAGAAGUCCAAGAAGAAGAACAAGGAUGAGGCAUAG